CCACAGGGAGCGUCCCCUCGGGCCCCAGCAGCGGCAUGGCCUCCCCCUCUCACAUGCCCCUCCCCUCACACUCGGUGCCAGACUUCUCGUACUCGUCCAGCGAAGACGAGUUCUACGACGCCGACGAGUUCUACCAGAACACAACGUCGCCCAAACACUGCAUCGAUCCCUCAGGGUCUCAGGCUGCCUCUAAUGAAGCUCUGAAGAGGCCGGACACCACGGAGUCGCUCAACUCCUCCAUGUCCAACGGCACCACAGACGCAGAUCAGUUUGAGAACGAUGAUCGCGAUGAUGAAGGAGAGGGCGAGUCUGUGGAGGAGCACAAGAGCGUCAUCAUGCACCUGCUGUCACAAGUCCGCCUGGGCAUGGACCUCACAAAGGUGGUCCUGCCGACCUUCAUCCUGGAGAGGAGGUCGUUGUUAGAAAUGUACGCCGACUUCUUCGCACACCCCGACUUAUUCGUAAGCAUCGCGGAGCAGGAGGAGGCCAGGGAGCGCAUGGUGCAGGUGGUGAAGUGGUACAUGUCUGCUUUCCACGCGGGGAGGAAAGGCUCCGUGGCCAAGAAGCCCUACAACCCCAUCCUGGGAGAGGUGUUCUACUGCCACUGGGACCUGCCCACGGAGACAGAGGAGCCCCCCCCGCCCACGCAGGAGACGGUGUCCGAGGGUCCCGUGCCGUGGUCUUCCACCAACAGUGUGUGUUUUGUGGCGGAGCAGGUCUCUCACCACCCCCCCAUCUCUGCAUUCUACGCAGAGUGUCUAAACAGAAAGAUCCAGUUCAACGCUCACAUCUGGACCAAGUCCAAGUUCCUGGGGAUGUCUAUAGGAGUGCACAACAUCGGGCAAGGCUGUGUGUCGUGUUUGGAGCACGACGAGCAUUACAUCCUCACCUUCCCCAACGGAUACGGCAGGUCGAUCCUCACGGUGCCCUGGGUGGAGCUCGGGGGAGAGUGCAACAUCUCCUGCUCCAAGUCGGGCUUCAGCGCCAACAUCGUGUUCCACACCAAGCCGUUCUACGGGGGGAAGAAGCACCGCAUCACCGCCGAGAUCUUUUCACCUAACGAUAAGAAGUCCUUCUGCUCCAUCGAAGGAGAGUGGAACGGAGUGAUGUACGCCAAGUGGGCGACUGGAGAGAACACAGUGUUCAUCGACACGAGGAACAUCGGCAUCAUCAAGAAGAAAGUGAGGAAGGCGGAGGAUCAGCUGGAGUACGAGUCCCGACGAUUGUGGAGAGACGUGACUCUGAACCUGAAGCUGAAGGACAUCGACUCGGCGACAGAAGCCAAACACAGUCUGGAGGAGAAACAGAGAGGAGAGGCUCGAGAGAGGAAGGAGAACGAGCAGCAGUGGGAGACCCGGCUAUUCCACGAGGACGGAGAGGUCUGGGUUUACGACGAGCCUCUACUCAAGAGAUAUAACUCCCAGGGGGGGCACUGAGACCACACACACACUGAGACCACACACACUGAGACCACACACUCACACACACACACACACACACACACACACACACACACACACACACGGCAGAGUCUUCAUAAGAACUCUUUUGCAAAAAAAACACUUCUCCCAGCCUUGGAAUGACUGACGAUUGAAGACAGCUUUGCAUUUGACUGAAAAACAACAACCAAUGAGACGACUGGAAAAACAGCUCCUCUCCUUAUUUGGUCACUUCCUGUUCCUGCGCCACCUCCAUGAAAACGCCAACCUGAGGGAUGCUGUCUCUCUUCACCCCCCACACCCUCACCUCUCAGCAGAGUCCCUGCACAAACCUGGGUUUUUAUUAAUGGAGGGGGGGGGGGGGGCAAGGUGUGUGUGGUUGGUGGUGAAUACGAAAAAACGAACUUUGACCAGUUAAAAAACGGCGCUCUACAUCUCAGGGAACGACUGAGGAAACGAGAAGGCUGCCCCCUGAGAGUCUGACAGCCUUAUAUAUAACGGUGUAAAUCUUAAAUGGGCGGGGGGGGGGGCGUUAAAAAACCCCCACCUGCCUGCAACUAGCUGUGUUUAUAUUAUAGAAAUACAUACGACGGAUAUAUAAAUAUAUAUUCUUUCUUUUGUUUUUCUUUCUGGCAAUAGUGUACAAAUAUCUGAGGAUGUGACGGCUUUAGGGAUCAUUCCAUUUUUCUGUUUUGUCUCCCACGUUGUUUUGUUUUCCAGAAGCAGAGUAAGCCAUAGCAUCUGAACGGGGGACAUAUGCAAUAUAGGGAGGGAUUUAGGGGGUCCGUGAUGCCAAGGCUAAAGGGACUUGCGUUCGGACACAGAUCAACAUGGUUCCUGAAGGCAUUUAUGAACAAAUGAUUGUUUACAUAUUUCUGUCUUUCAGUUUCCUUGUUUUCUCACAAUUAAGGGGGUCGAGGUGAGUCCUGCUCUUAACGAUCAUAGGUUGGCUCUAAAUGCAGAAACAAAGAAACUUUUACCUGGAAAUGCACAAGAACAUCCCGGAUCGUCUGCUCUGGAUAUUAGGCGUGAGUGAAUGUGAUUUAAAUGACCCUUAAAAUCAGACGGAGUAACGUGUGUCUGAGAGUAAAUGAAUCCUCUUAUCGAAGGCAAACAUGAACGCCUUUCUAGAAACGAGCCAAAUAAAGAUCCCUGUCGAAGCUUCGUUUGUUUACUUUCCCUCCAUGUUUUCUGUCUUUGUUUAUUAUAUUGAAUCGAGGCCUUGCCAUACAUGUCAGUACCACUCGCCUGGUAGAGCAAUCAUCAUGUCUUUUGAUUUCUUUUUGACCAUAACCAUUGAUUGUAAGAGAUGUUCCUAUUGAUGCAUAAUAUUAAAUCUCCAUGAGUUCA